AUGGCCACAGUGAUCAGGGGUUCCCCUCCCAAACUAUCCAUCAACCACAAUUUCCUUACGCAGAGGACACUGCUGGACUACUUUGGUGUGCACAAGAACGUGGUGUCCCACUCUGUCGACAAACAACAGUCAUUCUGUCGGAGUGUGGUGGACAAGUUGAUUGGGGACUCGGGGAAGGGCGUGUUGAAUGGAGGAUACGACGUCUAUGGCCGACUCAAGACACUUUCCACGCACACCAUGGCAGGACUGGCCUCCAUUCACAAUCACAUGGACUGCCAUAUCUCCAUUUUCGACUGUCGGUCAAUGCCCGAGUUUGUGGGCGGCCACAUCAUUAAUGCUAUCCAUGUCACUGACUCUACCUCACUCCUCUCCCUCUUCGAACAUUUCCAGACCCUCCACUCCUCCUCUCCCCGCAGAUUCUAUCUUUUUGUAUUCUACUGCGAAUACUCCUCUCUUCGGGCACCCGUCCUCGCUAGGAAGUUCCUGGCCCUAUCCCAGGGUCACUAUGUCUUCCUCGACAACGUGUAUUUGCUUGAUGGGGGAUACAAACUCUUUUAUGAAUACUACAAAGGUCUCUGCGACCCUCCCCGCUACGUCACCAACACUUCCUGA